CCUCCGGGCUGACCAACAUCUACACUCUUAGCUUGCACUUAUCGACAAAGGGUCAUUUCUUCUCCGCAGGCUUUCUAAGUUGUCGCAGCUCUAGAAGAUGCCUUCGUCCCCACCUCCGUCUGAGUCGACUUCCACCCCACUCCCACCAGAUUUCACGUCUCCACGUGUUGCCUUUGCUUCCACUCCUAUUCCAGAGUGUCCGGACUCCAAUCAUGAGAGUUUGAGCCGUGGAGAGCACUCUUUAUCUGCACAAUCGUCUUGGGAAGAUAGGUCUAUGGAGGACGAAAGAUGGAGCGAGAACGGAAGAUCCAGCGCAUCUUUCGAGUCUGGAAUGGAUUGCUCUUUCUUCAGCGUUGGCGCAAAACACGCCAUUUGGAACAACUGUGGAGGGGAAGAUAAAUGUUGGAUAUGCGACGACUCGGAAAAUCCGCGACUGUUAAAGUACCAUGAAAUAAUACAUAGGGACCACAGUGCAUUUGAAGAUUACAUGAAAAAUAAACAUCUAAUCGAUUUCAACGAUCUAAGAGAUGCACGAAAUGGUAUACUUUUAUGCGCCGUGUGCCAACCAUUAUACAGCAAUCCUUCAUACACAACAAUUCUUAGCUUCCCAACCGAUCUUCUCUACUUCUACAACCACGAAAUUCUGGAUCGAGCUCGUCGCCGUCAAUUAAGCAUCGAGACCGGUAUAGUCCCUCCCCGAUGUUGUGUCACAGCCAAAAUGUAUCAGAAGCAUCAACUCUCGCCAGGCGUAAUCACAAAAGGGUCCUGGGGUUCAUAUACUCGACUCAAUGUAUAUCCACAGAAUCAACCCAUUACUCGCUUGGCGAGUCUGCCCGUUGAAAUACAGAAAGCUUGGGGUGGAUCUCCUAUGGCUAUGAUUCAUCAUUCCAACUGGGGCAUGAACGGGUGGCUUACUUUUGGUGCCAUUCCGAGAGAUGUUCGAAUAAUGUUUCGCAAAUUGCAAGACAUUUACAGUAAAUCGCUGACAGCAAACGAUGGAGAAGAGAAGUUCUUAGUGCGAAAUGGAGAUGAUUUCGUGGAAGACGUUUCGCCGAACGAUUUGACGGACUUCGACAGCAACAGUGGUAUGGGUGAAGAAAGAAAAUUUAAAGACAAACAUUCCGAUUCGAGCGAGGAUGAUGAGGAAAGGCCCAAUCGAGACCAUCUACUGCAAGAUUGGUUGGCAAGAAUAGAGUAUCCUCCUGCUGAUCUCAACAACAACGGACUGCGUGGACGUCUCCCACCAAAUCUCCUGACGACACUCCCAUCACUUGCGCCUCCAUCUCUUUCGCCCUCACCUCAUGAUCGCUUUGUCGACCCUUCGUUACCUCUGUCACCAGUACUAAAGACUCCGAUGCCCAUUUCAGCAGGUACCAAAAGAAAAAGGAGGGCUUCUGCUUAAGGCAAAGUUAAUGGGAGAUUUCGGGGCCGCCACAGUAGACGUGUAGAGGCUGCUCGUACCAUCAAUUCCAAUCACCGGUAGUUAUUCUAAAUGAUAC